GAUUCGCAAUGACACCGCUAUUGCUAUUGUGGUUGUUUUCUGCAUUUCAUUUCACCAUCACCGGUCCUCCUGUCGCCGGCGUGUUUCCUCCGCGGCAACUCCUCCGCCCCACUGGUCGGCCGGCGAGCACGCCACUGCUACGGUCUGUUCGCUCAUAUCCACCCCGCACCGGCGGCUCCCAGAUCCCACUCCACCUUUGCCUCAACCUUGCAAGCUCUGCAGAGCGACUCGAAUAGUUGAACUAAGCGGCGCCGGCAGAGUAACUGAGGCCGGCGUGGCAACUUCCCCGAUCGGCCGUCCCGCCGGUGGAGCUGCUACUUUUGGGUGCUUGCGCAAAUGCCACUUCGGCACAUGCUUCUCCAAGCGCGGCAGCGCUGGUCUCAGCCGCCUCCACGGCUCUCCGAGCUACUUCAUGUCUUCCGCUCGCUCUCUAUUCUACCAUCCGGAGCCUCGGCCACGCCACCCUGCCGCUCUCCUACGCAAAUUCAGCUGCCCCAGACCUUGCCUUGCUCCGAUGCCAACCCACUUGGCGUGGGCUUCCACAUUGACGUUGUUGAUGACGACCUCUGGCCCGCUUCCUUCGGCUUCUCCUCGGAUCCCACGCCGGGUGACCAGUGUCUUGAUACCUUCCAAGAACAUGGAGAAGAACACAUGCACGAUUCGGAUGAUGAGAUAGAUGACAUGAGGCACCGCAAGCAGCUCUUCUACAAGCUGGACAGGGGGUCCAAGGAGUUUGAGGAGUAUAACUUGCCCUUGCGCCGCAGAUGGAAGAGAGAUAAACCCAAUGCCAAGGAUCCAUCCGAUUGCGAGAAGGUGGAACCUGAGAAGCCAGCUCGUUUGAAGGUCCCAAAGCUGAAAGCAGAGCCUGCAGUGCAUAAGGAUGACAUAGUUGAGGGGAAGAGGGACCGAGUGCCAACUUUUAACCAGAUGACUGAUCCUUACCACCACCCUUUCUGCCUGGACAUACAUGUCUCCAAGGGGUCGGUGCGUGCUUGCUUCGUCCACCGAGUGACCAGCAGGGUUGUGUCGGUCGCUCACUCCAUAUCAAAGGACAUGAAGUUUGAUCUGGGUUCAAGGAAGGGCAUCAAGGCAUGUGUGGCGGUUGGGGCGUUACUUGCGAAGCGUGCGAUAGAGGAUGAUAUUCACAAUGCAAUUUAUACACCUAGAAAAGGGGACAAAAUCGAAGGAAAAAUUGAGGUUGUGUUGCGUGGAAUAAUUGAGAAUGGAGUCGAUGUGAAGGUGAAACUCAAACAUAGGAGGAAGCUAACAAAGAAUGCGCCGGUGGUGCAGCAAGGCGGUGAGUCUCGGUGACAGCUCAACGGUUGGCCAGCAUAUAUAACCCCUUGAUGGCAUGAGCCCAAUGCUGCAGGAUCCAUUUUAUGUCAUCUCGGAAGACAAACCAUGAGAUGUAGAACAGCUAAAGGGCAUCUGGGCAUCCUGUUUCAGAUCUUAGCAUUUGUGCCCCCAGGAACUCGCUGCUCUGCCUCGCUGUCUAUACUCUGCAGUUUGUGACAAGCCUCCAGUUCCAUGUGUCUUGUCUUUGGCCUGCUUCAUGGCAUCAGCAGCGUUCGAGAUUGGAGUGCACAUGACAUGGCGUAGUUUGGUAGAUGCCUGUGCUUUGUGGUAGGAUUCUACCGGCUUUUCGCUUUGGUAGUGUUGUUCUUUUUACAAUCUCGCUUGCUCAAGUUCAGAGAUGUAACUGAGAUCCCGGGCUGUAUCUGACUUUUUUCUAGCUUGGAAUGAACUUCUCCAUUUGCACCAA